AUGGGCGAAAGGAGAGUGUCGUAUGAAAGCCUUCCUACCUCGUACUGGAAGAAGAUUCCCAAAGAUGAUAAAGAAGCCGACCAAAUUGCAAGGGCAUUUAUACUGGGUAGGUCCUCAAGCAUGGGCGGGUAUUGGAGGGCAUGGGAGGUAUGGGCCUGCGAGUACCUAGAGCCUUUUGCUUUAGCAAUGCCCAGUUGGACCUUGAACACGUGGCCCCGAGCAUUAAGGUGGUUAGGUGCAAAAGCAAAGUGA